AUGACACCUUUCUUCAUCAUCGUCCUGGCCUUUUUGGCGGCAGUAAAUGCCAUCGCACCUACUGCUAACUAUCCCAUCAAUGCCCAGUUGCCUCCAGUCGCGCGAGUCUCGCAACCAUUUCGCUGGGUGUUCGCCAGCAGCACUUUCGCCAACUCAGACUCGGACACCAAAUAUUCGCUUUCGGACGCUCCAUCAUGGCUUUCAGUGGAAAAUGGCAGUCGCAUACUCUCUGGCACACCAGGAUCGGAUGACACGGGAGCAAAGGAAUUCAAGCUGGUUGCCUCGAAUGGAGCAGAGUCCGAUAGCAUGGACGUCACCCUUAUUGUAACCGCAGAUGAAGGUCCAACCAAAGGCACGCCUCUCCUCCAACAAUUAGAGCCUCUCGGCCCUGUUUCAUAUCCAGCAACACUUUUCAUACACCCUGGUCGCCCAUUCGCUAUCGAGUUCGAUCCGUCCACGUUCCACAAUACGCACCCUUCCACAAUAUACUAUGGAACGUCGCCAAACAACGCCCCAUUGCCAUCAUGGAUCUCCUUUGAUGCUGAAUCCCUCAAAUUUGUCGGCAACACCCCCGCCUUUCCAGGUGCCGAACCUGAAACUUUCACUUUCCAGCUCAUUGCUUCCGAUGUGGUUGGCUAUAGCGCCGCGAACCAGACGUUCCAGCUUGUGAUCGGUCCUCAUAUACUUGCAUUCAACGAAACUGCCCAGGUUUUCAACCUCACCAGAGGCGAACAAUUUACCACCCCCGAUUUCCAAAAUCUGCUUUCGGUGGAUGGCUCGCCAAUCUCUAGCAAGGAUCUGGCCAAUGUCAGCGCCGAUCUACCUGAUUGGUUGUCAAUGGACAACAAUUCGAUUGCCCUGAGCGGAACGCCCCCAAAGGAUGCCGUCAAUCAAAACAUCACUAUCACAGUCACCGAUGCCUACUCAGAUCAGGCGGCGAUCAUGGUGCGGUUGGACUUUUUGAAGCUUCUUCUUGAUACUGUUGAUGGCUGUGAAGCAACUAUCGGUGAAGACUUCACAUUUGUGUUCAACCAGUCGACCAUCACUGACGAUUCUGUGGAACUUGAUGUUGAUCUCCCCGAUGAAUUAUCGUCAUGGCUCACAUAUUUCCCCGAUAACAAAACGCUUUACGGCCAUGUCCCAUCAGAUGCCAAACCGCAAAAGUUCAGCAUGGCUUUAAAGGCCCACCAGGGAGAUACUAAAGAUGCGCAAGAUUUUGAGCUUGAUAUCCUCGAGCCAGCAGAUACUCAUUCGAGCUCCGGGGAUCCAUUUUCAGAUCAGUCCACUCCCUCUCACCAGAAGGCCGGAGUGAUCGCCAUAUCUGUGGUUAUUCCCGUUGUGGUGGUCAUGAGCCUGGCUAUCCUCUUCUGUUGUUGGCGUCGCCGAAGAACAUCACCCAAGAUGGAGGAAGAAGAAGAUGGCCAAUUUCCAGCCAAGCCACCCCCGCCACGACCUGUAAGGCCUGACAUGCCCAAUUGUCAGCCCGGAGCUGUCGAAAGAGUUUCGCAAGAUGAGUCUGAUGGUUGGAGGAGUACACUCUCCCCUGCCUCUGAUCUUCCCAAAUUGGAACUUGGACCUGCGUGGAACGUGACAUCAUUUGAUAAACCCGAAGACUCAAUGGAUGCUAUUCCUACACCUAACCCGCCCCCUCGCUCUCCAAAACGGAGCGCCUUUGUUCCCCUCCGAGAUUCGAUCAUUGAAGAAGACAAGUCAAUUUCUGAGUCUCCCACCAGGAAACAAAACAAGCGCAUGUCAUUUACGAAAAGCCCUCCUGUGCGUCGUCGCCGAUCAACAAACCGCUCGCGCCGUGAGCCGCUGAAGGCUAUUCAGCCCCGAGCCAUGAAGCGCGAGUCUAUGCAGUCAUCUCGUUCCAAACGAUACUCCAAGAGGUCAAGUGGGAUCUCAUCUGUUGCCUCCGGAUUACCGGUACGAUUCAGCGGCGCUGGUCAUGGUGCUGGAGGAUUUGGCCCUCCAGGACAUGGUCUUGUGCACAUGUCAUGGCAGGGAACAAGGGCCUCCUUGAUGAGUGACGAGAGCAGCAUGAUGAACAUGGCACCACUAUUCCCCCGCCCCCCUGCCGCCGCUCGAGUGAGAAACAGCAUAGCAUCGAGUAUCCCAGAGAACUACAAUUACAACUACAAAAGAGUUACCCUGCGCGCAGUGGAGCCUGAUGAAUCAACCAUCUCGGAAGCAGAUUCUUUGGAAGCAUUCGUACACAGCCGGGCAAAGAACCGCAACUCCGCCAACCCGUUAUUUUCCGCCCAGAUCAGUCGUCGCACAUCAUCCGGUCUACGCGCGCUAGAGCGAGCCCGCAGCAUCCGAAGUCGAGCAGACACCGUCUCCGUAUCAACGUUCACCGAUGAAUUCCGACAAUCCAUUCGCGAACGACCACAGUCGACUGCACUCUCUGUUUCCGAAUACGGCGACGAGAACCGCAUUUCACAGUACCAACCCCUCCAGCCUCCACACACCCUGUUCCCAUUGGCUGAAGGAGGUGGCAAGAGUCAGAGCCAGCUUAGCCUGGCGCAAGAUUACCGGGGUGUCAUAUCACCACUUCCACGAUUCUGGAGCGAAACCAGUUUGAGUAGUCGGCGUCGAGAGUCUGCCCACCUCAAGCCUACAGCUCAUCCCGAAGGACAAUCCGCCAUGCCGUUCAGUUCCUCUAUAGCCUCUGACCUUGAAGAACACUUGUCUCGGAAGGCAAGCCCACAUAAGUCCUCCAAUAAUCCUUUUUUGAAACCGCACUUGGAUCCAUCACCGCCGAUUCGCGACUUGAGUAGUCGCGGGCUUCCUGUUGCCAGUAGCGGUGAACUAGCAUUUGUUUGA